GCACAUUUAUCCAUGCAGCGGCGUUGUUUUGGAAUGGCCAUGAAAUAUAUUGACAUUGGGGCCAACCUGACGGACCCCAUGUUCCAGGGCUGCUACGGCGGAACCCAGAAGCACGAGCCCGACCUGCACAUCGUCUUGGAGCGCGCGUGGCAACAGGGACUGCAGAAAGUCAUCGUUACCGCCGGCUGCCUGAAGGAUGUGGAUGAGGCACUGGAACUGGCCUCCAAGGAUGAGCGCAUCUACACGACAGUGGGAACACAUCCCACCCGGUGCGAGGAAUUCGUACCAGACCCAGAGGGCUACUAUGACCAGUUGCGAUCCAGGAUCAAGGCAAAUCGAACCAAGGUGCGGGCCGUAGGAGAAUGUGGUCUAGACUACGAUCGCUUGCACUUCUGCGCCCAGGAAACCCAGCGUCUGUACUUCGAGAAGCAGCUGGACCUAGCGGCCGAGUUCAAACUGCCUCUCUUUCUGCACAUGAGAAAUGCUGCCGAGGACUUCAUGGGCAUCCUGGAAAGAAAUCGGAACAAGAUCGAGGAGUGCGGCGGCGGAGUGGUGCACAGCUUUACAGGAACUUUGGAGGAGGCCCAGCGCAUCCUCGCCUUCGGCGGUCUCUACAUAGGCUUCAAUGGGUGCUCCCUAAAGACGGAUGAAAACGCAGAAGUGGUGCGCAAGCUACCCAACGACAGGAUAAUGCUAGAAACCGACUGCCCGUGGUGUGGUAUUCGACCCUCGCAUGCUGGACACAAGCACGUGACCACCAAGUUUCCCACCGUCAAGAAGAAAGAGAAAUGGACAGCUGAAUCCCUAAUAGACGGACGCUGUGAGCCUUGCCAAAUCAGCCAAGUUUUGGAGUCUAUUGCCGGAAUCAAACAAGAGCCUAAAGAACAGCUGGCUGCGUUAUACUACCAAAACACAUUGGACUUGUUCUUCGGCACAGGAGAGAGUAAAGAAUAAAACAACAUGCAUUUACAUUCAAUGCGUUUACAUUUAUUUUAUUAUUGUUUCUCGCGUCUAAAUGCAAAUGAAUUCAAAAAUACGCAUUACAACUUUGAUUUGUUAGGUUACAUCUGGUUUGGUUUCUUCGAUCUGCAGUUAACACAGAUCCACUAGGAUUUAGGAUUAACAUUUAGAUGUGUAAAUAAUUGUUGCAUAUGGCUCAGUUUAUUAACGUUCGUGAUUACGCACUGCUAUGUGGUGAAUAUAAAAUGGAUCGCCC